CACAAGGAGAAUGAGGGCAAGGAGUCCCACUGGGCUCACGUGGGCACCGGCAUCGCCUCUCUGCCCAGCGCAGGAGAAGGUACCAGCAUCCCACAUCCCCACCUCCCACAUCCUGGAGGUGCCACGGCCAUGAGCCCACCAGAGGCACCAGGGCAGCACCAGCAGGCAGCCCCUGGCCAGCCCAGCUGAAGGAGGAGGAGGAUGGAGACAAGGGGAGCGGGCACCCCACGCCUUGGGGGAGGAUGAGGAUGAUGCCAAAGCCGGAUCCUCAUAGCGUGGGAAAGUCAGAAGCUGCCGGCGUCCGACCCGGGGAUUUAUGCUGCUAAUCUGAUUAGUGUAUGAUGGACGUGGCCAGUUGGAAGGAGAUGGAGGUGGCACUAGUCAGUUUUGACAACGCUGAUCAGAUCGUGGAGGAUCCCUGUUAUUCAAAUGACCUCAGCCCCGCCGGGCAGUCGAGGAAAGGCCACCCCAGCUGCGCCAACCUCCUCUCCAACUUGAGGAUCCUCAUCAACAGCGAGAACGCCAACAAUGAGACCAUCUUCUCCAGGUUCUCCGCCGAGUUCAGUGAGCACCUGGUGGGGGAGAGGGUGGGGAUGGAUGAGGGGGACCAACGAGUCAUCAUCAACAUCGCUGGGCUGAGGUUUGAGACCAGGCUCAAGACUCUCAACCAGUUUCCUGAGACCUUGCUUGGGGACCCGGAAAAGAGGAUGCGUUACUUUGACUCCAUGAGGAACGAGUAUUUCUUCGACAGGAACAGGCCCAGUUUUGAUGGGAUCCUGUACUAUUACCAGUCUGGUGGGAAAAUACGGCGCCCAGCCAACGUCCCCAUCGAUGUCUUUGCUGAUGAAAUCACCUUCUAUGAGCUGGGUGAUGAAGCCAUGGACCAGUUCAGGGAGGAUGAAGGGUUCAUCAAGGACCCUGAGACCCUCUUACCAACCAAUGACUUUCAUAGGCAAUUCUGGCUGCUCUUUGAGUACCCUGAAAGCUCCAGUGCGGCCAGGGGAGUAGCUUUGGUCUCCGUCCUGGUCAUUGUCAUCUCCAUCAUCAUCUUCUGCAUGGAGACCUUACCGGAGUUCAGGGAGGAAAGGGAGUUCAAGUCCCCCCAGGAGCUUUCUAAGAACCUGACGGACACCUUCCUGGCCCACAGCACCUUCACGGACCCUUUCUUUGUCAUAGAGACUGCCUGCAUCAUCUGGUUCUCCUUCGAGCUCUUCGUCAGGUUCAUCGUAUGCCCCAGCAAGACUGAGUUCUUCAGGAACAUCAUGAACAUCAUCGACAUCGUGUCCAUCAUCCCCUACUUCGUGACGCUCACCACCGAGCUGAUCCAGCAGAGCGAGCUCAACGGGCAGCAGAACAUGUCCUUGGCCAUCCUGAGGAUCAUCCGGCUGGUCAGGGUCUUCAGGAUCUUCAAGCUCUCCCGACACUCCAAGGGGCUGCAGAUCCUGGGCCAGACCCUCAAGGCCAGCAUGCGGGAGCUGGGUUUGCUCAUCUUCUUCCUCUUCAUCGGCGUCAUCCUCUUCUCCAGCGCCGUCUACUUCGCCGAGGUGGACGAGCCCCAGUCCCAUUUCUCCAGCAUCCCUGACGGCUUCUGGUGGGCCGUGGUCACCAUGACCACCGUUGGCUACGGAGACAUGUGUCCCACCACCUUGGGCGGGAAGAUCGUGGGCACCCUCUGCGCCAUCGCGGGGGUGCUGACCAUCGCUCUGCCCGUCCCCGUCAUCGUCUCCAACUUCAACUACUUCUACCACCGGGAGACAGAGAACGAGGAGAAGCAGAUCCUGCCCGGGGAGGUGGAGAGGAUCCUCACCAGCGUGGUGACAGGCAACGGCAGCAUGGAGUCCCUCAACAAGACCAACGGGGGCUACGCUCGAGACAAGGCCAAAAAAUGACGGGCAAGGCCACGGUGGGAUGGGCUGGAGAAGGUAGAAACCACCUGCACGCUCUGAUGGAUGGGAUUUGUUUGCUUUUUUUUAUUAUUAUUUUAACAAAAACCAACACUGCUGCUGCUUUUUUUUUUUUCUUUCUGGUUCGGUUUUGUUUUCUAGACAUUUUUCAAUCUCUGAUUUCCUGUGGCUGUUCUAAUAAACACCAUCUUUCUUAUCUCUC